CCCUCUCUCUCUUUUCCUCAGUAGAACAGUGAAGUCAUCUUGUCUCAUCUGCUCCUUUUAAGCCGGCGUUUUUGGGAGGGAGGUCCCUGCCAAGCAUAUACAAACACUCAGUCAAGCAUCCUCACUCAGCCCGCACGCUGCACUAGUGGCCAGCAGAGAGCUCACCUUAUCCUUCACACAGAAUAGGCGGCUCAGCCUCUCCCCCUCCCACGGGAGUGAGUGUUAUUAAGCUGCACAGAAACGUCGGCAUGGCAAACAAAGGCCCCUCCUACGGCAUGAGCCGGCAGGUUCAGGACAAGAUCGACAGCAAGUACGACCCCGACCUGGAGCAGAUCCUGGUGGAGUGGAUCGGCCGUCAGUGCGGCUCCGGUGUGGGAAAACCAGAGGCUGGAAAAAUGGGCUUCCAGGCCUGGCUGAAAGAUGGCUGCGUCCUGAGCGAACUUAUUAAUAGUCUAUUUCCCGGAGAUAAACCAGUGAAGAAGAUCCAGAGCUCGCCCAUGGCCUUCAAGCAGAUGGAGCAGAUCUCUCAGUUCCUCAACGCUGCGGAGAAGUACGGGGUCACCAAGACUGACAUGUUCCAGACAGUGGACCUCUGGGAAGGUAAGGAUCUGGCGGCGGUGCAGAGGACCCUCUCUGCUCUGGGCAGCUUGGCCGUCACCAAGGAUGAAGGAACGUACAACGGAGACCCGAACUGGUUCUUCAAGAAAGCGCAGGAGAACAAGCGGGAAUUCAGCGACGAGCAGUUGAAGGCGGGCAAAAAUGUGAUCGGCUUACAGAUGGGUUCCAAUAAGGGAGCCAGCCAGGAGGGCAUGAGUUACGGCAGACCCCGACAGAUCCUGUAGAUCCACCGUGCCCCCAGUACUCUCGACCUCUGCAGCCCACCCUGCCACCCCGAAGCCUCUGAUGCCUCUCACGACCUUUUCAGGGCCUGUAAACCUCUAACCGGUUCCACUACAGCUGCCUUUAUGCUUUACUAUUACUAAAUAGCGAUUCUUUUAUCGCAACCCACCUUCCCCCGUCGUCAGUCUGAACCCUUGAUUUACCUGCUUGCAUCGGUGACAUUCUGCGGAAGUCACUGUGCUUUGUGUUCAAACUGAAGGUUUGUUGUCUUACGAUGUACCGAUGUCAACAGAUGUGACCAAAGCAAUAGUCUUGGAUGCAUUUCAAACCAAAAAACAUGUUGUACUGAGGAUCGAGUGAUUCUUUCUCUCUCCACAAGGUUUGUGUAACAGCAUGGAGUCUCUGCCGACCCGCCAGGUUUCAUCUCCGAUUCACAAGUCUGAAUUCUAGCAUCUGUUCCCUUCACAUCAGGGACAUCAGUUCAGGACUUCGACACAAAUAUUGAUUUGUUUACAUAAUUUGUAAAGGGGCAUCCUUUCCAAAUCAGCACCAAUAAGCCUUAUUUCACCAAUCACUACCCUCAGCCCAGCCUGCUGUAUCAGCGCCAAUAUUUUUGUACAUUGUCUUAUUAAAUGAUGACUUUGAAAUACAUUUGCAGUCUGAAUUG